AUGAAGGUCUUCGUGGUGCUCGCCCUCGCCGUCUUCACUGGUUGCAAUGCCAACAUCGUGUGGCAAAACCAGCCCAAGCAGCAGGUUGACAUGGUGAAAGAUGCUUUCUGGGACUAUGUUGCCAAGGCGACCAUGACCGCCGAGGACUCCCUGAAGCAGAUCAGACAGUCCCAGCUGGGCAAGGACGUGAACACCCUCAUCUCUGAGAGCACCGAUGCCGUCAACAAGCUCACCGACGCUCUGCGGACUAAGGUGGCUCCCCUGACCCAGGACCUCAUGCUGAAGUUUUCCCAGGAGGCCGAGCAGCUGAAGACCCGCCUGGAGAAAGACCUGAACACUGUGGGGGCCCGCCUGCAGCCCUACGCCAACGAGCUGAUGGCUGACCUCCAGAGGCAGGUGGAGGGGCUGAAGAAGGACGCGGCUCCCUACGCCAACACCAUGGACCCCGAGGCCCUCAGGACCGUCCUGCUGCAGAAGAGCCAGGAGCUGAAGGGGCAGCUGGAUAAGAGCGUGAACAGGCUGCAGGCCCAGAUGGUCCCCUACACCGAGGAGAUAAAGGAGAAGAUGGAGCAGAGCCUGGAGGAGUUUCAGAAGAGCAUGAUCCCCCUGGCCCAGAGCUUUGAGACCCAGCUGACCCAGAAAACCCAGGAGAUCCAGCAGAACCUGGCUCCAUAUGGAGAGGAGCUGAGGGCCGUACUGGAUGCUGACGCCCAGAACCUGAGGAGGCAGCUGACUGCCCUGUGGGAGUCUUUCACUAAGCUGACCCAGUAA